CAGCUGGAAUGUUUAUAGUUCUCUAGUCGAGUCAGCUAGAGUGUUAGUUUUAUGUAUAUAGCGAAAACUCCUAGAGUUUACACGAAUGUAUGGUUCUUCCAAGGCUGCUUCUCCUUAUUGGAAGAAUGAUUGUGAACAAAUGGAUGAUUGUGGCAUUUAUCAUCGCAUUUGUAAUUCUGGAGGUCCAAAUUUUACAGACAAGCGUUCCAACCCAACAGAACGAGUACUCCAGGAAUUUGCCAGAUAGCAAUAUUUUGAAAGAUGUGCUUUGGGAAAGCAGCCUCAAGUCAUCCAGUAGGAGAGAGGCUACCUUGGAAGCUGAUGAUGACCACAUUGUGAUAUUCUACAACAGGGUUCCCAAGACUGGCAGCACUUCUUUCAUGGGCGUUAUCUAUGACCUCUGCCAUCCAAACAAAUUCCAUGCCCUGCACCUGAAUGUGAGUCGAAACUCGCACACAAUUUCAAUCCCUGACCAAAUGAGAUUUGCUCACAAUAUCACAAGAUGGAGACAGAAAAUGCCUGCCGUUUAUCAUGGUCAUCUUGCCUAUGUCGAGUUUGAAAAAUUUGGUGUUGACAGGAGGCCUUUGUAUAUAAACAUUAUUAGGAAACCGCUGGACAGACUUGUCUCAUAUUAUUAUUUCUUAAGGUAUGGUGAUACCUUUAGGCCUUAUCUGCGAAGGACAAGGCAGGGAGACAAAGAGACAUUUGAUGAAUGUGUACAAAGAGAAAACCCAGACUGCCGGCCUGAAAAGUUGUGGCUGCAAAUCCCAUUCUUUUGUGGCCAUGCAUCACAGUGCUGGUCUCCAGGAAAUAAGUGGGCUUUGGAGCAGGCUAAAAGAAACUUGGUUGAAAAGUACUUGUUGGUAGGAAUCACUGAAGAAAUUGGCGAUUUUGUGGCCAUUUUGGAAGCAACUGUACCAAGAAUCUUUAAAGGAGCGACGAAAUUAUUCAACGAAGGUGGGAAAUCUCAUCUACGAAAGACAGCGUCCAAGAAACCCUUGGAGCAGUCAACGAUCGAAUACUUCGAGCAAUCCAAAAUAUGGAAAAUGGAAAAUGAAUUUUAUGAAUUUGCAAAUAAGAUUUUUCAAACUGCCAAGAAGAGAGCUCUCACAACAAAGCGAGGAGUGCUAGAACCCAUAGGAAAACAAUUCUUUUACGAAAAAAUAAGGCCGAAAGUGGCAAAUUAAAUAUUGUAAAUUGAAAAUGAAUAAUAUAUUCUACCGGUGUAUUGAUCCUCAACUAGUAAGUAAUUUAGUAAACGUUAAGCGAUGUCAAAAAUUUAAACAUGUUAACUUGUGCUGUCACUAGUCUGCAUUCACUUCGAAAUAGUCAAUAUUUCCGCGGCGUUUGACCAGAAAUAGGUCACGUCUGCGCUAUGCUGCCACCAGGGGCCUAAUGAGUCCCGUUGGCAAAUACAUCUACUAUGAUUUCUUGAGGGCACAGAGGCGAGAGGCGGAAGAGACGGAGGGUGGGGACAAAGUCGCGCGCAAUUUGGCUAACUGUGAAACCCCCCGAGCGUUUACGGAGCGUUCAGACCAUGAAUGCAAUAGCAGGCUAAUGAACUGAUCUUGUAACCAAUAACAAACAAACCUGCACAGGAACAAAGACAUUCCUACCUAAAAUAAUUUUUGUGUCAUGAU